AGAGCGUGAAAGUUCACCACCCGUCCAUUAAUCCUCUCCUCUCCUCUCUCUCUCUCGCAUAAUACCUUUGAGAAAUGGCAGGCAAGUGUAAUUUAGUGAGUGUUUUGGGAGCAUUAUUGGUAUUGACCAUCUUCCAUGAUCCGAUCAUUGUCUACGCCGGCGAAGGUGUUCCGAAUGUAGCGUUGUUCGCUUUUGGUGACUCCUACUACGACGCCGGAAACAAAGUGUUUCUACUUAAAAAAAAUAGAAAUCUUCCACAAAACUUGUGGCCUUACGGCAAAUCCAUCGACUACCCGGACGGCAAAUUUUCCGAUGGCCGGAUCGUCCCCGAUUUUAUUGGUGACUUCAUGUCCAUUCCGAACGGAAUCCCACCGGCUCUUAAACCGGACGUUGAUCUUUCACGUGGAGCUAGUUUUGCCGUCGCCGAUGCUUCUAUUCUUGGGGCUCCGGUGGAAUCUAUGACACUGAAUCAACAAGUGAACAAAUUUAAAAGUAUGAUAUCAAAAUGGACAGACGACUACAUCGAGAAAUCAGUGUUUAUGAUAUAUAUUGGUACUGAAGAUUAUUUAAACUUCACCAAGACCAAUCCAAAAGCAGACACUUCUGCUCAGCAAGCUUUUGUCACUUCUGUCACUAACCGAUUGAAGAACGACAUUGGCUUGUUAUACUCCCUGGGAGCGAGUAAAUUCGUGGUUCCAUUACUAGCACCAUUGGGUUGUCUACCGAUCUCCAGACAAGAAUACAAAACCGGCAACGAAUGUUACGAGCCACUCAACGAUUUGGCUAAACUACACAACGAGAAGAUCGGUCCGAUGUUGAACGAGUUUGCUAAAAAACCCAACAGUGGUUUUCAGUUCACCGUCUUCGAUUUCUACAACGCCGUUUUGCGUAGGAUUGCGUCUGGCAGGAGUAUUCACUACCGGUUUUAUGUGGCGAACACAUCGUGUUGCGGGGUAGGGACGCAUAAUGCUUACGGUUGCGGGAUGGGAAACGUGCACUCGAAGCUAUGUGAGUACCAAAGAUCUUACUUCUUCUUCGAUGGACGUCACAACACAGAGAAGGCGCAAGAGGAAAUUGCUCAUCUUCUCUAUGGAGCCGAUCCUAACGUCAUCCAGCCGAUGACCGUACGUGAGCUAAUCGUGUAUCCGGUUAAGGAGAAUAUGCGUGAGUAUUGGGAGGCCAACAAGAAGUCUAUUCGUCGUCGUCGUCGUCCAUUUCGUGCAUCUUACCUCGAUGGCCUCGAUUUAUCAGCUUACUACUAGUUGGAUGACUUUGAGCUGAUGAAUCUUUGGUUAUAUGUAUGAUGAGCCUACUACUAUCGUAUUUUGUAUCGAUGUCGAUCGUUACGUGGUAAUUCGGUUUAUGCCGUCGAAUAAAUUGAUGUUAAAUGUCUUCGUGUAAUAUGUUUCGUAAUCUACGAAAAAAUAUAAUAAAAGAUAAUGCAACUGUUUUUCUA